AAUUAAUGGCAUUUGUUAAGCUUGUUAAAGGAAAACCAUAUUUCAAAAGAUUCUAAACAUAAUUCAGAAGAAGAAGAGAAGGAAAGACUGAUUAUUAUGCAAGAAGCAGAUUAAUUGUAUAAGACAAGGAUAAAUAUAAUUCCCCAAAAUAUAGAUUUGUUGUUAGACACACAAAUACUAAAAUCAUUUGCUAAGUCAUUUAUGCUACAUUGAAAGGUGACAAAGUAGUGGCAUCUGCUGAAUCAACUGAAUUAAAGAGAUUUGGUUUGACAACUGGAUUAAAAAAUUAUGCUGCUUCAUAUGCCACAGGAUUAUUAUUAGCCAGAAGAACACUUAAGACAUUGAAAAUGGAUAAAUUCUAUGAAGGAAAUAAAAAUAUUGAUGGAAACUUAUAUGAUGUAGCUGAUAAAGAGAAUCCAGAAAGAAGACCAUUCUUUGCUGUUCUUGAUAUUGGUUUGGUUAGAUCAACUCUUGGUAAUAGAGUAUUUGCUGCCUUAAAGGGAGCUGCUGAUGGUGGUAUUCACAUCCCACACAAUAACAGAAGAUUCCCAGGAUUCUCUGUUGAUAAUGAUAAGAAAGAGAAAUAUGAUGCCAAUGCUCACAAAGACNUCCAAUUUUAGGGAGUUUAACAUACUCUCUUUCUGUUGAGAUUUGAAUGA